ACAGCCGCUCGGGGAAGAAAGGAUGCACUGGCGGGAGGGGCGCGCGGAAGAGGAGCGUAGAGUGAUCCUCAGUUGAAGCAGAGCAGGACCUAACAACAGCGGGGAAAAAAAGCCCACGAAAAAGAAGUGCGGUCACGAGGGGUAGGCGAAUAUCGCUUGCAUUUCUCGAUAAAGCCGCGCCCACAGCAGAAGCACUUGGCUGAACUUCCACACGAUGGAUGAUCCGGGUAACGGAAAAUUGCAAGAUCAAAACGAAGUCCAACUGCUGGUCUACCAGCGGGCCCCCCUUGCCGGUCUGGAUGAAGACGAUCAACCACCUCCAACACCACCCCCACCUCUGCCUCCACCUAGCGCUCCAAUAGGACCUCCGCCGCCCAGGCCUGCAGAGGGGCCGAAGGUCCAAACAGCAACCCAGCGCGACGAAGAAUCUGCGAAGUUCAUGGAAGAUUGCUCUAGACCGCGGCCGACGAAAGGCACCGCUCAUCUACUGAGCAGUCUGUACGCCAAGAUGAUGUUGUCCGCAGUCUUCGUGCUCCUCCUCACAGAGAUCCUGCCCAACGGACGACCACUCCUCUUCUUCCACGGAUACCUCUUCUCCUGGGUGCUGGGUGCGGGACUGCUCUGCUUACUGUGCAUUUACGUGGGAGUAAUUGCACAGCGCUGUCCCGGCAUGGAAGAAAUCCAUGAGAUGGAAGUCACAGCCCCAACAUACAGAUCUCUAUUACCUCAAAUCAGUGUUUUCUUCAGGGUUGGCUUCUUUGUGUUCGGCCUCGGCACGCUGAUCGGGGUGGGUCUGGGUGCGGCCACUCUCUUCACUCUGGAGCAGCCAUGUGUGGACCAGAUCAACUGGUUGCAACCAUUAUUGCUGGCCGCCUUCACGUUGCUGCAGACGCACGUCCUCUGCCUCAAUUCACAGAGAUCCAUUGGCUGUUUGGGCUGGUGCAGGCAUCCCGUGCUGAUGCACCUCUGCGCCGCUAACUUGGCUCUCUGGCUCCGCAUGUUCAUUUGGGACGGUGCAGAGAUGUGGCUGAAACACACGCACACUUUCGAUCCCAACCCUACUGCUCACACCUUCAAAAACGGACACCAUUCUAUUCAUGUUUCAAGUGACUGCACAUGGCAAGUGCAAACUCCAGAUGUUGUGGAAGACUUGCUACGCUUGCGUAAUUGCUAUCGAAACUCGACCCUCGGUGUCAUCUGGGCAGAAGCCCGACCUUUCAUCAAGCCUUUCGUCUUCCAGUACUGCAUAGCCGCCGCAGUACUCCAGUACGCUCUCUGGAAGAUUCCGCCACCCAAGAGCCACUCCCAGUCCUUUCACCAGGUACAACCACAGCAACGGAUGGAUUGUAGAGGUUCCAGCAAAGGUUUGUUUCUGGGUCUGCUGGUACUAGCUGUUGGAAUCGUCGCAUUGAUACUCUACUUCGUUCUCGCCCAUAACCCUGGUCUCAAGCAGGAGACUGUCUUGGUUCUGGUCUGCACGCACUCUGGUCUUCUACUCCUGGCCCUGUUAGCAAGUCUGUUUGGAUUUUGCAGAGUGGCUGGUAUGUGCACUCGCACUAACCGAGACUCGUGCGCAACUCUCCACCAAAUACUUCAAACCAUUGGAAUAUGUGCCCUCUUUGUUCAAAGUGGAUGCACACUAGUGGCCGCUUCGCAGGAUGGUAAUCUGGCGUCGAUGAGCAGCCAAUCGGCCCUCUCGAUCCUUUCGCAGGGUGGGAGCGUUUUGAUUGCAAUGACGGACGCCAUUCUAUGCAUCGUCCACGCCUUGAUACAAUCGAUUCUGUUCCACCGACUGGGGCAGAAACAAUGCUCUUCAGAAUGUCCUCAUGAGAAUUCUCGUCCCGGUCGUCAAGUUAUCACGUUCCUGGCCUUUUGUAAUCUAGUUCUCUGGGUGACAGAUACAUUUGCUGGUGGAAGAGAUCAAGCAGUAUCGCAGUUGCAAUUACAAUCAUUCGGAAUUCUUCCAUGGAAAUUAAUCACCCAGUUGACAGUGCCAUUGGUCAUGUUAUAUAGGUUUCAAUCGACUGUUUACCUGUUCGAAGCUUGGCAUUUUGGGUUUGGUGGCAUUUCGAAGUAAAUAUCUAGAAAUGUUUUCCAAGGAACUGUUGUAUAGUUAGAGGAUAUUUUUGGUACAGUCAAUGUCAAUCUUUUCUUCAAUGUAAAAUAAUUCGGAUUUUAGUAUAUUCUUAUACUCUUUCUAAACAAUGGUGUUCAAUUCUUUGCCUUUCUCUCUCAAGCUAUGCCAUUCGCAGACAUGAAUACUCACAAAAAUACGAUAGGCAAAAGCAAACGUAACAGCUUUUCCUCUUUUUUUGCCUCAAUUGUUGGAAAUUCAGAGAACUUUCUGAAUAACCGAAGACUGUGAAACUCGAUCAUAAACUUCUAGUUGAGCAUUUCAUUCAUAUGAAACAAUAUUGUUACAUCCAAUUUCAUCUAUAACUUAGACUGUCAUUUUUCAUUUUAUGACUUAUAUUGACGAAAUCCCUGACUGUCACAAGACUACUACCUUCAGUUCUCUAUUAGCUAUUACUCAAUAGCUAUCAAUCGUAUUAUUUCUGACACUUAAGGCAGAAAUGAUAUUUUCUUUUAAUCAUGGAUGCUUCUGACUUUUUUUCUGAUCAGAAGUAAUAGCCCUGACUAUUUCAUAUGCCGAAGUUCUGGCAUUCAGAGACAACUAUGAGAAACGGCGGUACCUUCAGGGAGCAGGAAAACAUCAGAAUUGUGAUAACAAUAAGCAGUAUCAAAAACAUAACAUCUUCAGAAGCUCUAGUUAUUAAUCUCAGAAGUGUUAACAUCUUGAAGGAGUAGAAAAAAUAUUAUAAUAGUGCCUUUACAACUUUAGAACUUUAAAUGCAUUCAAGGUAUAUGUUUCAUGUUCCAAUGGUAAUAAAGUCACUCCAGUAAUGAAUGAUUGAUAUGGCAUUCAUUACUUGCUCAAACUUCAUUUGGAAGGAACAUGCAUCAAAUGUUUAUUCAAGUCAAUAUAUUUCUUUGAUUAACACACGAACAUAUGCAGGCUGUUCAAACGGCCCACAAAAUGUUUCAUAAAUCGACAGUUCUGAAGCUGUGUAAGAUUUCACUGCCAAUUUUAAUUUUUGAGUUUUGCAAUUUUUUCUUAUAAAUAGCAUUUUUUGAAUCUUGGAUAAACAUUUAUUCAUUCAUCAUUUCGUAAAAAAAAAAAAAAAAUCUUAUAUAAUCUAUCGAAUGCGCAUAUUUCUUAUACUAACUUUUGAAACUUCUUGAUCCGCGGUGCUGGUGGAAACGAAACGUCUGUAUCGGUGCAUCACAUUUGAAAAAGAAAUAGACUCGUUCUGAUUUGAUUUGCAACUCUGCUUCCUUUUCGUUUCAUCACAAUGCAGAAAAAAAAAAAUAGAGAUACUUUCAGACAUUCAUUGGUGAAUACUGAAUUCUUAAUACUGUUCAAUCUGUACUAUACUUCGUUUCCACAAGAACCUUGCAUAAAGGGCUACUUUAUAAAGUAAUCUUAAAAAGGGAGGACUAAUAAAAGCAGUAAAAUAUUGUGACACUAUUCUUCAUUAGUUUCUUUAAUUAAAAGAAAUAAAAAGUGUAUGCCAAAGUUUCAUAAAUAGUUUUCCGCGUUGGAAAAUAAAUGUCAAAACCGAAAAUUAUUUAGUAAAAAAAAAUUAAAUUUUAAAGGUUUCUUGGGGGAAAAAAAUGUUUUUUUUUUUUUUUUUUUUUUGCCUACUUUUGCUUACAAAAAUUUCGAAAUUUGUAAAAAAAAUGGGGAAUGCAUUACAGUAUUGAAAAUAUUUUUUUAAUAUUAUUCAUCGACUUAUCGUAAUGCUUAAACGGCUGUACAGUUAUUUAUGUUAUAAAAAAAAUACUUUUUCAAAUUUUGUUGAGCGAAUUACUGGCCCAGAUAAUUAAUAAUACUCUUAAUACCUAUUAAUAUUCAUAUACUAAUUAUAUUUAGCCUAAUUCCAAUUUGUAGGACAAUACCUUAAAAUCUUGGAUGCCUGAAAGUGACUACCACUUUUGGAAGUACUCCUGAAUUGGUAAUUGCAACACUGGAUAAAUGACUAUUGAAGAAUCUGAUAUUCGUUGCAUUAUGAAUGCAAUACCCAUUCUUCUGCAAAAGAAGUGGAUGAGUGAGCAUGUUGUCGGAAAAUAAAAUGCUCACUGCUACAUAACAAAUCUGAAUCAGUAAUUUAUGCCUAAAUAGAGCAAUAUUUUUCCGUGCAUUCUUACGCGGCAACCAUUUAUCUCGGAGUGUUGUUGUAGCAUCAUCUGAGAAUAGAUGAAGAACAUCAAAGGAAUGCCAUUAGUAUAAGGACAAGGUGAUUCAGGAGUCUGGGUUAGGUUUAAAGUCAAAUUGCAAAUGAGUGAUUACUGAAAUAUACAAAUUGUCGAAGCAGCAUCCUUUCAAUGCAUCCUUUUUUUUUAAUACCAGCGCCAUCUAUCUUCAGUUAUUUUAGAUUUAUUGGUUUCUAAAUGAAUCCCAGCUUCAUUGUCGAAAUAAAUAUGCGAUUUUAUUUAAAAAGAAUAAUUAUUAACAUAAUUAUGAAGCAAUUAUAUUUUAAUUAAGUGUCUGUUAGUUGUUGUAGAUCUCUUAAUUAAAUAAUUUUCAUUUAAAGACUCUUACACACUAACUGAGAAAAAUACUGGAGCUUAUCAAAUGUUUCACCUUCUGCAAAUAAAAUGAUUACAGACCAAUAUGUGUUUGUUUAUAACAAAUUUAAUGAGAAGAGUAUUCUUCUUUGUCUUUUAAACAUGGAGUUUAAAAAGAAUGUUUCGGUAGCCUUUUAGUACUGUAGAUAAAAGUUAUCAAAUCAGAUUCUGUUAAUUGCAUUUAUCAUCAAACUAAAGCACACACAGAGGAUAUGAUUUUAUAUUUAUUUUAGACAAAUUUUAAAAGUGUAAGGAUAUGUUGAAUUAUUGUGUUUUGUUUAUAUUUUUGUUAUUUUUAUAGUUCUCUAAUAAAGUGGUAUCUGAAUGUAUGAUCAAUAAUGCUGUUAAAUAUUAUUUGUUGGAAACAUUAUAUACUAGUCGCUUCGAGCGACCAGUUAAUUCGCAGGGACUAUUGUUUAUAUUUAAUUUCAGAUAAAUCGUUUUUUAUUAAUCGUUAUCAUGUUCAUAAUUUCGCCACACUGUCUGACAUUAAAGCCGCGUUAUUUUGAUUGUCUUCAUUAAGUUUUGUUUAUGGUAUACAUGAACUUUUCUAAUGGAGAUGGUCCCAUAACAUCAAAAUUUAUUAAAGAUACAAAUAUUCUGUUCAUCUGUCUUCUAAAUUUUUCGAUAUUGUAACUUCAUUUUUUUUAUAUAUAUAAAUUCCAUAAACUGCGCAGGUUAUUAAACAAAUUCCUCUUUUUUUUCGCUUAACAAUGGAAGAAAAUCACGCAAUUAAGUACUUGAUGAAACAAUGAAAAUAGUUUGAACUUCAGAUCAACAAUGUAAUUCAUUAUUAAAAAUUCGGCAAAAAAAAAUAUUUUUAAAAAUUGCCAAAAUGUAUCGAAAAUUCGCACGACUAUUAAAUUGGUAUCAUUAAAAAUUAAUCUUUAAAUUUCAAAGUGAUGUAAAAAUAAUUUUUGUGCGAUAAUAAUUUUAUAUGUUAUCAUGGGAGAAAAAACAAAGUUCAGCUUAAUUUUUAAUUAAUUAAAAUUUCAAAUAAAUCAAUCCGAGUUGUAAAUUACCUUUUAUCAAGGUAUAUAUGUUUCAAAUUUGGAGAGCUAUAGAUCAAUCUUUUCUGUAGACACAUACACACAUUCAUCUUCAUUAUUUAGGAUAGAUUAUUAUUUUCAAUGACGUAUUUU